AUGGAUCUCAUCAGCAUGAAAAGCCUUCUCUUUCCGGAUACUACACCAAACACAACGGCCUCGAGAACACUCAGCGGCAAGAUCAGAAGCCGCCUUGCUUCCGCAUUAACCUGUAAACUGGCUGAGCACCACGUGUACAUAGCGUUCCGCACAGAUAAAGAACGUCCGCUGUUGUUGAGAUUAGCACGAGCUGUUGAGACGAGGAAAAUUUGCAAUAACGAGAAAAAUGCGGACAAAACAACAUUCUGGAGAACUUUAAUUCCGCUUCUCGAAAAUGGACAUAAGCAAUGCCUGGUCGAACUAGAAAGAUACCUGGACAUGUCAGAGCGACAAAGCGGAAAUGCUGCGGAACUGUUAGAAGUGAGUUAUAUAUAUUUUAAACAUUUAUGUUUAGACUCUUCGCCACAACCGCUCCGAAAUGUCAAUGUUCUUGUACAAGUACUAUCGUGAAUUGCCAACGUCUUGCAGCCUUUACAGGAGCGACCGUUUUUUGUUAUCAGAUUGCUUCAACUUGAUGAGAUAUUGGUAUGUUUUAAUGGUAUUUUUAUCACAUAUUUUAUAGUUUUUAUGUUUGUAUCAAAAUUUUUAAUGAAACAAUUGCAUUAUUUGCAGUAAAACAACGUUCCGCCUUGACGAAUUGAUUGCUAAGCAUCAAAAGCCGUGUCAUCUACGGAUGUUAAAAGCCGCAGCUUUGUUUUUGGGUGUUGGAAAAGAAGAGAAUCCGCUAAUUACCACAUUGAAUGAUCGUUGCACACGUGAUUGGGGUAGUGAAUUGCUAGUUAAUCAUUGCUUUUAA